AUGGAGAAGAUCGGCGUGCUGCACCAGCGGCUCGCCGGUCUGGCAAUGGCCAACCCAGGGGUCUGGGUGGUCUCGCACUCGGACAUCUUUCUCGGUGAAGACUUUGACGCGCCCGCCGUCCCAGCGCCGGCCGCGGGGAGAGGCCGGGGCCGCGGUCGAGGGGGCCAAGCCGCGGCCGUGGUGCCGGUCGUGCCAGGACCACAGGACCUGCUCUUCCUUACGCAACUCCCGCUUCGCGCGCUCGAGGCGGGCGGGGAGUUGCCUCUGCUGCUGUACUCGCUGCUCUCUUUCCAUUUGGGACCGAUAGCUACAAGGGCGGCCCGCCUGCCCCUGGCAGCCCCCGCGAGACUCACGGCCGGCCUUCUCCAAGGAGCUAUCGUGCAAAGCGUGGGGGCGGCGGCCGCCAACCCUACGAUGCUCGCGCUCCAAAUCCCUCGCUUGCUCAAGGGCGCUUCGCUCCCCGUCAUCUUUCAGUCUACCUCCGCGGACCCACACACGAGGCUCGAGGACUUCACGGACUUGCUCCGCAUGCAGGCCGGCGGGGUAGAUGAGAGGCGGCGCAUCGAGGAGCGGCGGAUCAUGCUCGCCACCUCGCUGGGCGCGCUCUACCAGCUAGUCAUCCAGCCGUCGCCCUCGGUCUCGACUGCAAAUACCUUGGUGAGCCGUCUGGCCGCCAAGAUUCUGCGCGUUCGAGUCACUCGGGCGGGCGAGCAAGCGGCACAAGGCAUGCCAAAAGUCGGGCGAAAAGAAAUCGAAUUCCAAUUCGGACGAAAAAUUACCACAAAUGAUAACUUCUCGCAGCUGCGAGACGAGUUUUCUCGGAGCGACAGCCUCAAAGAAAAAGGGUGGAUGGGUGGGGGAACGAUUGCUGGCUAG